CAACAGAGAACGCCCAGGGUGGCUUUUAGAGGCCAGAGUAAAGGAACUGCCUGAUCAUCAGCUGCAGACGCACAGAAGCAGAGCAAGCAGACACACCCACGUUUUCAUAGAAGCCUGAAGGACCCAGAGUUGCCUCAGAGCUCCCCAGACUGCGGUGCUGACAGCAGCUCCGAGCACACGGUGGGUCCGAAAGAUCAGUUUCAGCUCGUCCUCUCAGAAGAGCGCAGGAAAACCGGUGAAGGAUGUGUGCUCCUGGAUGGCCCAUCACACUUGUGCUGAUUCAGCUCUUUGGCUCAGUUACAUCAUCCCCUGUUGGCACUCCUGCUCCACUUUUCCCAUCACAAAUUUCAGCUCCCUCUUCAUUACCAGCACACCUCCUGGCUUCUCCCCUCAGCGCCACCCCCCCGACCACCGCCUUCAUCAGCAGCUCUGGGGAGUCCGGGUGUGAACUGAAGAUAUCACCAUCCAUUCUAGUGGUCAGAUUUGGAGAUCCAGUGAAAGUUAACUGCUCUAAACCAAGGUUUGGGUUUCCUUUUCUGGGCUGGGAAGUCUCACUGGGACGCUCUGAUUCCACUACAGAAGAUUCUCUGGUCUGGAGCGUGGACAGUGUGACUAAUUGGACCAUCGUAUCCACAUGUUACGCAGUUUCUGACCAUGGCGGCCAAUGCAACAUUUCUCUUCCUUCAAUUGUCUAUGAGCCUCCAAGCAGCGUUUCCAUCAAAAUCUUAAAUCACACUGGGCCAAUGUUUGAGGGGCAUCAGUAUGCUCUGCAGUGCACAGUUCACAAUAUUGCACCUGUUGCAAAAGUCAGUGUGACCUUCUACCAAGGAAAUACAGCACUGGGUCAACUCUGGUCCAAUAUCACAGUGAUGACACCAGUAAGUGAGAACUACACUCUGACCAUCACUCCAUGUAAAGAGGACAAUGGAAGUCAGUACUGGUGUGAAGCCAAACUAGAUCUGGGACCUGAAGGGCCACAACAGCCACCUUCGGUAAAGACAUCGCAAAACCUCACAGCUCUGGUCCUUUCAGCUCCAAACCCCAUCAGUCUUACAAAACUGCAAAAGGAAGAGACAGAAGGUUUAAAACACGAAGUAAUAGGAAACCAACAAUUAGGAGGAAGUGGAACUGCAAACAGCUGUAAUGGAUGCUUCAUAUUGGCCGCUCUUCUGGCUCAGAUAAUCCAAAGACUCUAAAACCAAGAAAUGAAAAGUCUCACGGCCCUCAUCCUACAGUUUGGACAAGUUUUUCCCAAUGAAGAAAAUGCUUAUGGACAUUUAUCUUUGACUCAUCCAACAAUUUAAUUUGAAAGCUUCAUUUCCUGUAUUUUUAUCAACAAAAAGGAUAAGUCUCAAAGAUGCUCUCUACUAAAGAGCCACCUCCCAGGUACAUGUUCUAUCACCAAAUAAGUACAAUAUGCUGUUUAUCUUUUUUCUGCUGCUCUGAAAAAAUGUUUUGUACAUUUUAUUACACAUCUAAUUUAGUGUUUUAUUUCCUGUGUACAUAGAUCAUCAGUUUUUGCUUUGACUAACUUGAAUCAACAGUUUCAUUUUGUGUCAGCUGUUUAACUCUUAUUUUUAGGAAAUAAAAAAGUACAUAAUU